GUUGAACAUGUAUACAGUACAGUGGUUGCAGUGGAACAACCGGCUCUCUUGUAUGUAAAUCAGCGCUCUGUUGACUUUUCAAUGUACAGCAACAAAUAUAGUGUUUGUAUUUUCGAAUGGUUUGGAGCCUAAGAACACGCUUUCGAUUCAUAACAUACACAAUUUUUAAUCCAAGCAAAAACUGAAAACAUUUUUUUAAUAACAUUCCGAGAGUUAUCUUCUGAACUGAGCUAGUUUGUGUAAACCAAAAUAUUAGAAUGGAUGAUAUUGGCGGCAAAAGUGCCACUCGGCAAGCAAACGUCAAACCACAAAAAGUCCGAAUAUAGAUUUUUCAGUGUGUCGUGUGCAAUGCCAACAACAUCAACGAAAGAGACACAAAAAAUCAUCACAAGAGGCGGCACAGUGAGAUUCCCUUCAAACAAAACAUUUUCAAACUCACCCAACAAGAUUGUAUCGCCGAGAUAGCAGUACUCAAUUAUACUGAGUAUAACGGUGUAUUCGCCACGGAAAAAGAUACAAAUAAACAUCAUUUGAAGCGACAUAGAAACAUUCCAAUUGAUCAAAAUAUUUUCAAACCAACAAUAAUGAAGAAAGUUGUACACAUCGACGGUUUCAGCCAGGCGGUUUCAGCGACAGCGGCGGAGGCAGCCGCGACAACGGCUGUAGAAGAAAUGCUAAAAAGCAAUGCGGAUUAUUCUGAGAUAAGAAAUAGCGAUGUCAAUAAACAAACUAUGUCUGAACCACCUACAAGGCCCAUACAGAUAAGGAAGCCGAAUCGUGAUGUCGCAAAGUAUAAAGUGAUAAAAAAUCAUAGCUACACGUGUUAUGAUUGUGGCGAUAAAGUGGACGGCUGUGAUUUGGAACAACAUUCAGAUGAGCAUAGCACGCUGUCUCUCACUGUGAAUUCAUACGUACAAUCUAAAGAUUCUAUUCUUUGUCUAACCUGUAACAAAACGAUGUCAGCACAACAUUUCGAUGUCCAUAAAAAUGUUCUUCAUAAUCCGAAUUUGCCAACCAAAUGGGUGGAAGUAAAGCGAUACAAAUGCACUGUUUGCGGAACACAAGAUGUGUCAAAAGACUCGUUGAGAAGUCACUACGCGAAUAAACACAGUGAUAUUCCGAUUGAAGACACAUUAUUUGCUAGCUUUGAAAUUGAAGCACGCAUACAAUGCCCGUUUUGUAAGUUUCAUUUUGGUGAUGGUCGACUUGAGAGACAUGUGAAACAAUGUCAUAUGGAAAAAAUGUCCAAAGUCAUAGUGUGUCCGAGUACUGAAAUUAUCGAAGAAAUCAUUUACCUCAAGCGGUGCGAAUGCGAUUUUUGCGGUGGAAAAUACGUCAAAGACAGCAUUUUCAAGCAGUGCAAAUCAUCAAAUCAAAGUGCUGAUUUUGUAGCUCGGAAUGUGUGCGGUAGAUGUAAAGAGCAGUUUUUGGUUGACCAAAUUAAGGUAGCCAAAUAUCACGAGAAGCGUUACUACCUCAAGCAUGUUUAUAAAGCUAAACAAAAGGCAACCGCCGAUCAAGAACUGGAAAACCCGAACACAAAAAUGUACAUUUGUACGAUUUGCGGCUGUAGUAGCAUCACCGAAUAUUGUCUAGAGGAACAUCAUUCAAAGUGGCACACAAAUAUUCCAAAGACAACCGAUAUUUUCCGAUUUGUCGCCAUUAGGCUGGAUGGUGAAUGUUCAGUUUGUGAGGAAAAUGUCAGUGGAAAAGAAUUGAAGGAGCACAUCGAACAAUUCCAUCCGUCGACACCGGUAAGGGCGACAAAAAAUGGAGACGUCGAACGAUACACUUUUUUGCGUUACACGUCCUGCGAAAAAACAAAAUUUCCGACAGAAGAUCUCGGUUCAACGAAGAACAACAACAUUCCGGAGGGGAACAACAGUCGUAUAUCUGCUACAGGAUUGGAGAAGCUCCUAGGUCACGAAAGGAUCGAAUGGAACGGGUGCAAAAUUGUUUCAACACAUCAAAAUGGAUCCGCCAGUUCACUGCCCAAUGGCAACCAAUGUCAACAAAUCGAACCAAACUUGAGUGAUUUCAUUAUGAAGCUGUACAAUUGCCGAAUUUGUGGUGCCAAAGACAUUAUCGAUGAUCAACGAUUUGUGCAUCAUUUGGGGAACACAGCGAAAUUCAAAUCGGCAUUUUCGUAGAGAGUGGUGUUGUUCCCGUGGAACAAUGUGACGUUUGUGGAAAACGUUUGAUCAGAGGCUGGUUGAAUUUACACAAAAAAAGUACAAAUUGUUCGAAAUCCGUCAACUUUGAUUGUUCGUCGAAAACGAUUUUAGUGAAUCAGUUACAAAAAAGCAAUGGAACCCAUUUAAGCUACAAAGCCAUGUUUCUUUUAAUAGUUGUUAUUAUCGGCAUUUUAAUAUCUUCCAUCUUUAAAUAAGCUACCAAUUUACAAACAUCGAAAAUUGCAUUGAUUGUAAUCCAGAACAUUUGUGUUAUCAUUAAAACAAUUUUCUCACUUUUAUUCAUCUUCCGAAUAGAUGUAAAAAAAGAAAAAAUGAGAACUUUCUAUCAAGCAGAAAAAUUACUCAUCAUAUGAACGUCAAAUGUUUUUUCAAUAAAUUUCGACCUGAUUCAAAAUAAAAAAAUUUCUCCUUAAAUUUUAUCAUGUAUCUCACAGUCUUGUCGUGCUUUUAAACUGAAAUGCGUUAUAUUUAUCAAUCGAUCUUUUGGUUGCUUUAUAACAAAAAUGAAUAAAAACCCAUUGCUUCUUUAGCACAAGCAGAACGCAA